AUGUCGUGGUCAUUCCCAAUUUCCCUUGAUCGCCCAUAUAAAUCAUUACUGACUGUCUUUGCAUUCUGGAAAACUCUUCUUCUUUUCCUGGCUGUCUUCAGCCCUGGCCCUGGAUACGACACUUCAACCACGCUUCGGUUGGACCGUAAUGCAACCAAUGCAGUCGGCGAUGGCCCAUUUACAGCGAGCUUGCGCCUGGUUUCCACCAAGCUGACCAGAUGGGACGCUAUAUAUUUCACCGAGGUCGCAAGCCGGGGCUAUAUUUUCGAGCAAGAAUGGGCUUUCGGUUAUGGCUUCACCAAGCUCAUCAAUUUCUUUGCCAGUGCUCUCCAAAAGACAGGCGCUGUAGACUACGCAUUUAGGGAACACAUCGCUGGUAUUAUCAUAGCUCAUGCAGCUCAUGGCCUGUCGGUGCUAGUCCUCUACUAUCUGGGGUGUGCCAUAUUUUCCGGAAGGCAGGGUCGCAUGCUGGCAUUCGUCGCGGCCUGUUUACAUAUCUUCUCACCUGCUGGGCUCUUCCUUUCGGCUCCGUACGGGGAGAAGCCUCAGCCCGUCGGGGCUUCCACGGGUCUCAAAGAUGCUCUCAUUCCGCUAGCGGGUAUCCUGUGCGGAUUAGCCACGACUGUUCGCAGCAAUGGGAUCCUCAACGGCCUGCUGUUCCUCGAAGAAGCAAUCAGAGUGCUCUAUUCCAUGACCGGGGGUAUCACCUUUGCAAAAUCUCGCCGGCUACUCGCCGUGGGCAUAGCUGGUGUCUGCACGGGUCUUGGUUUUGUGAUACCGCAGUACAUUGCUUACCGGGAUUUCUGCGUCAAUUACCCCUAUACGCACUAUGAAGAGCCAAGGAUAUGGUGUCGUAGGACUCUUCCAUCUAUCUACAGCUUCGUCCAGGACCAUUAUUGGAACAAUGGUUUUCUCCGGUACUGGACUGUGUCCAAUAUCCCCCUGUUUGCCUUGGCCAGUCCAAUGCUGGCUAUCAUGACCUAUUCUGCCCUUUGGACUCUCAACGUCGAGGCGGGCAGACUGACGGGAGGAGGCUGCCUAUUGCGCAGCCUGGCGGCUCCUCAGCUCAUCCUGGCGAUCCUGACACUCGCAAAACAUCAUGGGUACUCGUCGGUCCGCCUGGACAAGAAGGAGGUUGGGAGUCAGAAGCAGCGUUCGUAUGCAAGCCUGGCAGUCACUUUUAUGAUUUGCUACGCGGCUGUUCAGGGUGUCCUUUUUGCUUCUUUCUUACCGCCGGCCUGA